AGAGAGAGAGAGAGAGAGAGAGAGAGAGAGAGAGAGAGAUGGAACCACUGGAGGAUGCUUUGCUGGGGAGAAAGAGAGAGAGGGACUUAGAGGAGAUCAAGAGCGUGAGGCAGUUCAUGGAGCAUGUGUGGGAGGAGAAGAAGAAGCUGUGGUACUUGGCGGGGCCGGCCAUCUUCACGUCCCUCGCCCAGUACUCCCUGGGCGCCGUCACCCAGAUCUUCGCUGGCCACCUCACCACCCUCGAGCUCGACGCCGUCUCCACCGAGAACAUGGUCAUCGCCGGCCUCGCCUUAGGCAUCAUGCUGGGCAUGGGAAGUGCCCUGGAGACCUUGUGUGGCCAGGCGUUUGGUGCAAAGCAGCUCCACAUGUUGGGGAUCUACAUGCAGCGGUCAUGGGUCAUCCUCACGGCGAUGUGCAUCUGCCUACUGCCCAUCUACCUCUUUGCCACCCACAUAUUUUUAUAUAAUUUUAUAAAAAUAUCAGUAUUUUUAUACUGCAUUAUAAUAUUUUAUUGAAUAUAAUAAAUCAUUUGCUAGAAAAAUUCUGAAAAAUGAAAAGCAUUUGCCUACAAUAUCAUAUCACUAACUUGCAUUGCACAAUAUCAUCCUUUUUUCUCUUCAUCCUCUUCUUUUUAUCUUCUACAUGAUUUCACUCAUAGCUGGGCAUGGGAAGUGCCCUGGAGACCUUGUGUGGCCAGGCGUUUGGUGCAAAGCAGCUCCACAUGUUGGGGAUCUACAUGCAGCGGUCAUGGGUCAUCCUCACGGCGAUGUGCAUCUGCCUACUGCCCAUCUACCUCUUUGCCACCCACAUCCUCCUUUUCUUCCACCAGGAUGCAGAGAUCGCAGUGCUUGCAGGGAGAUUCUCCCUCUACAUGAUCCCUCAGUUAUUUGCCUAUGGACUCAACUUCCCCAUCCAGAAGUUCCUACAAGCGCAGAGCAAGGUGAUGACCAUGGCGGUCGUCUCAGCAGUGGCGUUGCUGUUCCACUUGUUCCUCAGCUGGCUUCUCAUAGUCCAAUUCAAGCUUGGUCUUGUGGGUGCUGCAACUUCGCUUAAUGCAGCUUGGUGGGUCGUCGUUGUCGGGCAGUUCAUAUACGUAGCUUGGGGAUGCUGCCCCGGUGCUUGGAAUGGCUUCAGCUGGGGAGCUUUUAGGGACUUGGGUGCCUUUGCGAGGCUCUCUAUUGCUUCUGCAAUUAUGAUGUGCCUGGAGUUCUGGUUCUACAUGUUCCUCAUCGUGUUGGCAGGCAACCUGAGGAAUGCUCAGGUAGCAGUGGCUGCUAUAUCAAUAUGCAUAAACUUGUACGGGUGGGAGAUGAUGGUGUUCUUCGGCUUCAAUGCCGCCAUCAGCGUGAGGAUAUCGAACGAGCUUGGAGCAGGCAGGCCGAGAGCGGCUAAGUUCUCGAUACUGGUGGUCAUCAUGUCCUCCGUCGUGUUCGGCCUCGUCUUCUUUUCCCUGGUCUUGGUUCUCCAGGACGUUUACGGGGUUCCCUUCACCAACAGCCCUGACGUAGUUGCUGCAGUCACUGACCUCGCGGUGGUCUUCGCAUUCACACUCCUCCUCAGCAGUGUCCAACCAGUUCUAACAGGUGUGGCAGUAGGAGCUGGAUGGCAGACAUUGGUGGCUUAUAUCAAUUUGGGAUGUUAUUAUCUGGUGGGCAUUCCAGUAGGCUGCCUGCUGGCGUAUUAUUUUGAUCUAGGAGUGAAGGGUAUGUGGAGUGGCAUGCUAACAGGCGUAGGAUUACAGACCUUGGUACUUAUUGGGGUUACUGUAGGCACAAACUGGGACAAGGAGGCAAUGGAAGCAGAAUCUCGAAUAAGGAAGUGGGGAGGGUCUGUGGAUGAACCAACAAACAAAGAUUGAUUAAUUAGGAGAAAGAUUAAAUGUAGAAUGUCCACAAGGAAUGUGAAUGCUUGCAUAAAGAGAGUGUGGCUGGAUCAAGUUCCUAGAUUGCUUAUCACUCUUUGAACUACUUGCUUUUAUGGUAAGUAAAAAUCUCAUGGUCUUACCAAAGAGAAAUAAACAUGAACAUAUUGCAUUUUCUAAGGAUAUUGGGAUCAUUUUUGAGCUCCAAUGCCUUGGGAGCUUCCUGUAUUACUAUGCAAAUUCUUUUACUACGAGGAAGCCACUGCAUGUAUAUAUCCCUUUGAAGCCAGUAGUUUUCAUAUCUAUUCUUCUA